AUUCAUACACGGUCUCAGUCACAGUCCGUAGCCAUUAUGGCUCAAGCCGUUUAGGCUCGGAUAUCUUGUAGGGCCCAGGCGCGGAGCGAAAGAGGCGCAGGGACAGUUGAGGGCCGAUCGUCGCAGUAGCGCUCUCGCCUCGCCAUGGCGAUCAGAUCCCAGCGAGAAGCGUCUCCAGGCGGGCGCAGAUUUGCCCCGGUGUAUUGCGCUGCAGCCGCAGUGUUUGCGUCAUUGGUUCGGUCGUGUCUAUCCUGUUGCUUCGUGCGCUCGCAGCUGCCGCGCGGGCGCCGUCGAGACACCAGAGCGAGGGCCGGCAUUGAGUUUUAUACCAUGGAUAUGUGUCCUUACGCUCAGCGCACAUGGAUCGCAUUGGAGGAGAAACAGCUUGAUUAUGAUCGUAAGCUCGUUGAUGUCCGCAACGCUUCUCAGCGCGCGUGGUAUGUUGAACACAUCAAUCCGUUGGGCAAGGUGCCAUCGAUCCGUGACACUUCUGAUGGCACUGUUGUCUACGAGUCCGAGAUCGUAAAUGAAUAUUUGGAACAAAAGUAUGGUGGUGAUCGUAGGCCCCUGAUGCCAGCAGAUGCUGCAAGUAGCGCUGCAGUGAGACUGUGGAACCAUCACUUGAACAACAAGCUCGCACCAGCACACUUUACAUACCUCAUGAACAAGAACGAGUCUGCUGAUAUUACCAUGCGCGAGGCGCUGGAGGAUGCCCUUCAGUACUACGAAAGCCAUAUCGUUGGCCCGUAUUUGAUCGGAAACCAAUUCACCCUGGCUGAUGUCAGUGCUCUGCCGUUCUUCGAGCGACUCAUAUUUUCUUGUCGACGGUAUAAGGGAUACGAGAUUCCUCAUUCGAUGGGCCGCCUUCGUGCUUGGCUGGAGCUGGCAAUGCAGCGACCCUCGUUCCUUGUGACCAAGCGCCCCGAGAAUAAGUUGGAAGAGCUGUACAAUCGAUUCCUCGACGUUGACUACAAGUUUGGGGGUCUCAACCGCAAUUGAGCAGAUCCUGACCUCCAAUUUGCGGCGCGAUCCACCGACCCCAUCUAUUCGGACCCCAUCGAGGAGGCCUCCAGCAUAGGCAGCGAACGGACUACAGCCGAGCUUGGCGCAGUAGCCUCGCGCAGCAGUUCGCUUCUCUCUCUCUCUCUCUUUCCCCUCUGUGGCGUGGCGCGUGGUCACGGUCAGCAAGAGUGGACCACGGGUAGGCCGGCGAGAUUUUCGGGGAGGAGCUCACGGGGAAGAUUUGCAAAAAACAAAAAAUGAGACGCCCUAUCUCGGCCUCUCACGCUGACUCUCACCCAGACUCGUUCAUGCUCAGUCCCACUCAUUCUCAGACUCGCCAGUACUCAGGACCACUCAUGCACAGCCAUUUUUUCUGAGGCGCAGUCCGGCCCAGAUUCAUUCAUCUUCUGCCGCUGACAUCCAGUCACAUUCUUGUUCGGAGCCACAGAUUUCAACUCGACACUCA